AUGUUUUUAGUUGUAUCGUUCAAAAGGCCUGAUAGGAUAGUCACUACUAGCGCCAAGGUUAAACCCUUUACCGAUGAACAGCCUAAAAUAACUCGAAAACGGAAAAAACCAGGUGAUAGCCCACCUACGAAUGGCGUAGAUAAUGGUGCGAACGGCAAUCUUGGAGCGGACAACCCAGGUCUCUACGAGAACCUGCCGUUCCAUGGAUUACAACAACCUCCCAACAAGCCCGUGCAAGCUAUUCAACCUCGAGUUAUUGAAACUAACCCUAAAACUUCAAAAGGAAUUGAAGCUUUACAAAAACAACUGACUACAAACCCAUCGUUCACUCCAAGGAUUGUAUGCCCACCGUUCGUUCAAAAUGCCAUACCAUACCCUAUGGCUUCAAACUCACAAUACACUUACGGAAUACCGAUGUUAUCUCCCAUACAACAAAUGUAUCCCUUGCACCAAACAGUUUUACUAAACCCAUACUUACCACCGAUGCAGACGUCAUUUUUAAAACAAUUUCCUACUAUUGAUGAAGAAAUUCCAGAAGGAGAUACCAGAAAAUUCUCUUCUCUUAACACGAGAAUAAAUCGCAAGUUACCUCAAUUUCAAUCAAUGAGGUCAGCUAGGAAACGAAAUAUUGAAAGAUUUUAUCCUAAUACUGAAUAUGGAGAAAAUUUCAAUGAGAUUAAUAACAAUAAAAAUAACGAACAUGCUGAAUCUCUUGAAGAUAAUAUUUACGUUAACUGUCCCUCUUUGCUCAAAGUUAAGUCAAAUAUAAGUGGGGUUGAACAAUUUGAAAAUCUUACUGAUUCUAUACAAGUUUGUGAUGAGACUGAUAUCAAUAAAUCCACUGCCUCCUUAAAUAGACCUGUACCAGCCCCAAGAACCAAGAUAUCACCUAUUGUAUCGCCAUCUAAGAGUGACCAUGUGUACGUAAAUCUUUCAAUGCCCUUAAUUAACACAAAAUUUUCCAAAUCAGUCGAUACAGUAGACGCCCCUCUAAGAUCUUCAAAAUCUGCUGAGGAAGUGUCUAAAGCAAAUUAUAAAGACUUCAAAAGUAAGGAUGAAAGCGAAAGUGACGAAAAUGACGAGCUUCCAGACAGUCCUCAUGAUAAUGUGAAGAAUAUAGCAUCUAAACCAAAUAUUAUUGGAGCGACACCAAAAAAAAAUCUGUCUAUUAUCCUACCUUCCACUUCAUUAGUUAAAUCAGUUGUCCGGCAGUUGAACGAUGAGGGUAUAAAUAAAAUUGGUUUACCAAAAAAACAAGUAAUUACACCAAAUAAGACAUUGCAAAUACCAAAGCUAACGGAAAAGCCGGUACCAAAGCGCUCCGUUGUUAAACGUAGUCAUUCGGUACAAAGUAGUCUAACAGCCGACAGUGAUUACAGUCAGAAUACUAACAUAUUACAACAACAGUACAUGCAAAAACGUAACCACUUCACAAAUAUAAGCAACAAAGGAAAAAGCAAGAAAAAUUUUCAAAUACCAUUACAAAAACAUCAUAGUUUUUGUUACUUUCAACCUAUAAGGGUAGAUAAACGGAUUCCUGUAGACCAAGAAAGGUCCUACAAUAAUACAAUAGGACCGUUAAUUUACCAGCCUUCAGAAACACAAUAUUACACAAAGACUUUAAACAGGACGAGAGAGAAGAACAGUCACAAAUUAAAUCGUUUGAAAAAGUCAGAAAGUCUAAGAGAAAAGCUCUCAUGUGUCGGUAUUUAUGACAAUUACGAAAAACCCGACUACCCAGAGCCAGAAUAUAAUGAAUCAGAAAGAAAAUCUUACUUACAGUUGCUUAAAGGCAACUACAUAUCAAAUUCAACGAGACAAUUGGGGCCUGAACACUUUAGUCCAAAUUAUUUGGGUCCCAAAGACGAUAAGCCUAAACAAAAAAAAUUAGUUUACGCCGACUUAGCUUUAGGUAACCAUAAUUUGAAGUUUAAAAAUACUGUCAAUUCAAAUAGACAUUUGUAUGAUACUUAUUCACCGUUUCGACCCGAAGACCAAUUCAUUUACGCAGAUGCGGAUCUUAAAGACUAUGGGCCAAUAAACUAUAAACAAGCAUCGAUCUACGCUCAAAUGAAGAAAGUAAAAGAACAGCAAAAGUUGCAGGAAAUUUACGACAAACAAAAUGAAGAUAUGCUGUGA